AAGGUCCAGCCCCCAAACUGCCUAAAGGAAACUGGAUCAACCUCUCAAAGAUGAGUGCCCCUCCAUAGCUCUCUGGACUGGCCAACCCAUCUCUGUGCUAACACAGCAGGGACUUCAGAACCUUGGGUCCACCAACAUUCUAAGAGCUUUUCAGUUGUCAUAAAACAGUAGAGGGAAGGAAGAAAAAAAUCAUUUUGAUUUUGGCAAGCGAGCACACAAGAUAGGGUGAGCAGAGAAUGAGCCAAGCAUGUUUAACCCACACAUGUUAGAGACUCUGGCGGUGAUCUUCGACAAUGGGUCAGGGCUAUGCAAGGCUGGUGUGUCAGGGGAGAUCGGUCCUCGGCAUGUCAUCAGUACAGUCGUUGGACAUCCCAGGUUCAAAAUGGGUGGCUCGGAGCAGAAUCAGAAGCUGUAUUAUGUUGGAGAGGAAGCCUUGUACAAGGCAGAAUCCUUAUUUUUACAAUAUCCUAUUGAGAGAGGUAUCAUCACAUCUUGGGAAGACAUGGAAAAACUCUGGAGACAUCUCUUUGACUGGGAACUUGGGAUUAAGCCCUCUGAGAGACCAGUGCUCAUGACAGAACCUUCUCUGAACCCCAGGAGCAACCGGGAGAAAACAGCAGAGAUGAUGUUUGAGAGCUUCAAAGUACCAGCUUUCUACCUAUCUGACCAAGCAGUCUUGGCACUCUAUGCUUCAGCCUGUGUCACGGGGUUAGUGGUGGACAGUGGCAACAGUGUCACCUGCACAGUCCCUGUGUUUGAAGGGUAUUCCUUGCCUCAUGCAGUUUCUAAGCUUUAUGUGGCAGGGAAGGAUAUUACUGAGUAUCUCUUGAGAUUGCUGAUAAACAGUGGGAGGUCUUUCCCUUGUGCUCUAGACAAAGGAUUGGUGGAUGACGUCAAGGAAAAACUAUGCUAUGUGGCCUUAGAUCCAGAGAAAGAGCUGAGCAGGAGACCUGAGGAAGUCAUGAGAGAUUACAAACUUCCUGAUGGUAAUGUCAUCCGUUUUGGAGACCAAUUGUUCCAGGGACCUGAGAUUCUCUUUGCCCCAGAACAGCUUGGCAUACAACUCCCAGGGCUUUCCAAAAUGGUUUCUAACAGCAUCCUGAAAUGUGAUGCUGACACACAGCAAUCUCUCUUUGGGAAUAUUCUUCUCUCUGGUGGUUCUUCCCUGUUCCCUGGACUGGAUGAUCGGCUGAUGAACGUAGAACAGCAAGCCCCAAAGGGCAUCCCCAUCAAGAUAACAGCUCCUCCUGAUCGAUGGUUCUCCACUUGGAUUGGGGCCUCCAUUGUGACAUCACUGAGCAGCUUCAAGCAAAUGUGGGUCACUUCCAUGGAUUACAGAGAAUUUGGGACAUCUGUGGUCCAAAGAAGAUGCUUCUGAAAGUCUUUGAUGAACCAACUUAUCAUAGACACAUGGUUCUUACAUUUCUUAGAUGAAACAUGCAAAGGCUUAUGUAACAAGGUAUAAAAUAAAAUGUAAAAAAUGAA